CGUGACCGGGCGGGAUCACGCCGGCCCGCCGCACAGACCGCAGUCUUUUGCCGCUUGCUGCUCGCUGCCGCUGGCCCUGCACGUCACAGCUCCCUCUCGCCACUGCCCACCCCGACCGCGCCACACACACACUCUCUCUCUCUCUCUUCCAGCGCAAACACCAUGUCUGAGCGAGGCGCUUUCCGUGGCCGUGGCGGCGCGCGAGGCGGCGACCGCGGGGGUCGCGGCGGCGGCCGAGGCGGCGGCGGAGCCCAUGGUGCUGGUGCAGGCGGAGCUGCCCAUGGCCACACGGAGCGCCCCAAGAAGGAAAACAUCCUCGACCUCAGCAAGUACAUGGACAAGCAGAUCACCGUCAAGUUCAGCGGCGGCAGAGAAGUCGUUGGCAUCCUCAAGGGCUACGACCAGCUCAUGAAUCUUGUCCUCGACCAAGUCAAAGAGGCCCUUACCGCAGACGAGGACGGCAACAUCCGAUACCGCAAACUCGGCCUCAUUGUUGCACGUGGCACCCUGCUCGUCGUCAUCUCUCCCGUGGACGGCAGCGAGGAAAUUGCAAACCCCUUCUUGCAGGAAGAAGAGUGA